AUGCGUUCUGGACCCUAUACCUUUGUGUAUUAUUGUUCCGGACAUGGUUAUGGCCAUGCGACACGUGUAUCUGCUUUCGUGUGUCAUUUGUUAAGCUUGGAACCUCCGCCUGUUAUACACAUCGUGUCUUCUGCGCCAAUACAAGUAUUCGCAGACAGUGUAGCCCUAGGAGGUUCUUCUUCUUCUUUAUCGCUCAUUAUAUGCGCUAAAACUACUGCAGCUUUGUAUCGAUAUGCCGAUAUAGACCCGGUGAUUGUACAACCAUUAGCGUACUGCGUUGAUCGUCAGAAGAGUGUGGAGGUACUGAAAUCCUUCCUCCGUAAGAAAGACAGGAAGCUAUGUGAGGAAAGUCAGUGGCUCAGGGAACUGGGAGCGGACUGUAUUCUAAGCGAUGCCGCUUUCCUUGGUUGCCUCGCUGCUAAUCAAGCUGGACUUCCUUCGGUACUCAUCACCAACUUUUCAUUCGACUCGGUAUAUAGCUAUCUCUCUACGUCUCUCAUUGAUUCUGUAACAUGCCCAUCAAAUCUCGAUCCGUAUACCCUGCAAACUCAACCAGACAUAGAACGAUUGUCUGAUAUCCCCAUACCCAUAGAAACCAUGGCACCUUUGGUCGAAGAGAUUUCACGCGGGUAUCGUUGUGCAGACCUUUUACUCCGCUUGCCUGGUGCCAUCCCAAUACCCUCAUUCACUGUAUCUCCUUCUCUUCCGUCCCCUGCCUGGAUCGACUACAUGCUGCGAACGUUUACAGAUGAGGUAGUAGGGCACCUUAAUGGCACUCCUUGCGAGUAUGCCAUUCAUCCGAGCAUAUCGUUUCCCUCUCCUCAUGGUCGAAAACCUAUCCCUCGUGAAGUGCGCCAAGCUCCUCUCCUUGUCCGUUCCCCAAAUCCAUCCGCAUAUACCUCAGAGGGAAGACGCAGGCUCCUGAGUACCAUCGGCGUUCCUCCCCAUCUGCACGAUCCGGUUCAUACGAAGAUUCUGAUCGUCUCAUUCGGCGGGCAAAUCUUCUACAGGCCCAAAAGCCGCUCUCCAUCGACUUCGGUCACGCCAGUUCCUUCCUCAACUGCGCCUAAGACUCUAACGGGUUCCGCAAGCGAGAUAUCUCGCAAAAAGUCACACGAACUCCUCAGGGAACGUCCUCUAGACCCUGAAACAUUGACCGCCGCCUUGCGCUCUUCCUCACUUUCUGAUCGCAAGCAAAAUACGUCUCCAAGUCGUCCUCCACGUCCUCUGCUAACUCGGAAUCGUGCAGGCUCGCAAUUGACUAUUCCAGGCGCGCCGCCGAUGUCCCUGCCGAAUUCCCCAAUGACUCAUAGGUCUGCGAGAACCCCUCCUACGGGGAACAUUCCUGCGUUCAAUUUUGUUCCUCCUUCGCCCCUACGUAAUGGCAUUGAACGCAAGAGUGGGUGGGAUGAUGACCCAUUUUCUAUGGACGAGGUUCAUAUUGAAAAUGGCAUACCUGAAGAGGCCGCACCGCGCCUGCUACCCGACGAAUCCUGGAUAGCCGUGGUGUGCGGUGUGUCGAAGGAAUGGGGGAGGGAGAAUGGAGAGGAGCUCCCUGAUAACUUCUACGUUGCCCCGCGGGAUGUCUACAUGCCCGAUCUGACGGCGGUCGCAGAUGUCCUUCUCGGCAAACUCGGAUAUGGAACAGUUUCCGAAUGUGUGGAUUCUUGCACUCCUUUCGUCUACGUUUCCCGUCCGUUGUUCAUAGAAGAACAUGGUCUUCGUCUACUCCUAGACAAUCAAGGCGUAGGCGUUGAGCUCGCUCGUGUUUUGUACGAGAUGGGCGAUUGGGCAAACGCUGUGGAGGAGGCCUGGCUCAAAGGCCGGGACACCAAGGCGAAGAAGAGGCGCGAAGGUGAGACUGGGAAGCGCAAGGAGGAAGGCCGUAAGAUGGCCAGAGAACUCCUUGAUUGGUUGGAACAAUGGAAAUCAGGACGUGUCGAUACAUCAUCUCGGAGUUAA